AGCGGAUGCGUGACCGAGGGCGGCGCUGGCUAGCAUGGCCGUGCUGCUCCUACUGCAUCUGUUGAGCGCCGCGGCCGCCGCUAGCCUCGGCGAUCUGGCGAGACGGGACACCGGCGACGUGUUCACUAUACUGGGUGGUGAAUGUGGUCCAGCACAAUGCAUAGAGUACGGAGCGGGUGCGGCGAUCGCAAGGGAUACAUCAGUGAAGGGGGAAUGCGCUUGUUCGUGUCCUCAGCGAGCUCCCUUGUUUAGGGAGGAUCGGGAGCUAUGCGUCGACGACCUUCCAGAAUGCUCCCUGGCAACCUUUGGCCAUGGCACCGGUGUACAAAGGAUCCCGUUCGUCUAUUUGCCGCUCAAAGGUCAAAUCAUACAUCCAUCUCGAGAAAUCACCUUCCACAAUGUGAAGACCCCAAUUUGCGCUGUGUCGGGAGCCCAGUAUCUGACACGAAAGGGAUUUCUCGAUCUGCGCAAUACAAUUGAUGCUGAUGUACCAUUCAGUUUGUUUCGAGAUGAAGGCAGAACUUUUCUACAGUGGAGUGGUGAAGAUGAAGUACGCAAGCGCAUGUCUGGACGUGUCAUGGUGGUGCGGCUGCUAUGUAGGGACAUCUCAACUACGCCAAUAUCCCCCUUAGAUCUAAGGGGAGUAUUUACACCUUGUGUCGCGUUCAGAGUCCAGGGAACUCCUCCAAGGCACACUAACAAUAUAACUGAAGUUCAAUUCGCACCUAACGCACACACUUCCGGAACAUCUACCACAUCUGGACUGAGUGUCACAGAGUACAUUGCUAUCGGAAUAAGUUCCUUACUACUCGGUCUUAUAUACGUCGCAUCUGUUUUUCUCUACCUACACAUUAAAAAACGCCGAAAAGCCGCCCGUGGAGACAAAGCUUUAAGGAAACUCAAAGUACUUAGAAAAAAAGAUGGAACUGCUAUAACAGAACAUGAUAUCAUAAGAAUUAAUAAUGAAAGGGUUCAAUCAUUGGCUAAUGCUUUGGGCCAAGAUGAUGGUGUGAUUAAAAAAAACCCAUUAUUGAAUGUAGGAAGGCAGUUCCAUGAUAAUAAAAGCUUCACGAGCGACCUUUCCGAUUCUGAAGAUUUCGGUGAAAGCAGUCGUCGAGGAGAAGAAAAUACUUUUAAUACUGAAACGACAUCGGUAGUUAUACAUAGGCAUCUAAAAGAUUUAAGGCAUCAAGGUGAUGGUUUGGAAUUUAACCAUCGAGAUGAAUCAAGUAUAGAACGUCUUCCAGAUGAGCAUGUAUCCAUAGUAGAGACAAUAGACGAUCGUGAGAUCGCAAGACCAGUGGGAACGACAAGGCGCAAACUUUACUUCAACCCGGCGUACUUUGAACCUCAAUUAAUGGCAGAUCCUCCUGCUGCAGCAAUUGAAUUCCUUUCGAAAAUCCGAGAAGUUAUAGCCAUCGCUAAACAGAAAAUGGCAACAAAGCGUUUUCAUCCAAUAUUAAAUCAUAUACCAGAAGAAGAAACUUAUCCAUCUAAGGUUAACAGCGUUGAUCUUUAUCACAGUAUGGGCAGUCAACGAAGUGGAAGUAUAGUUAGUCUUAAAAGAGAAAAUAGUAGGAAAAGAUCAUCAAAUUGUUUAGGUUGUCCAGGAUGCAAAACUAAUAACAGUAACCAUGAUGUCCAGAAAUUUAAGAACUAUAGUAUAUCUACAUGCACAAACUGUUUAGGCGACAAAGGGGACAAACAAAAUAGCAUUCGAAAAUGGUUAGAGAAUAUUCCAAAUUCAAAACAACAAGUGUUUUACAAUGAUAGUCAAACUCAAAAUUUAGCAAUUUCAUUAUUAUCUUUACCUAACAAUGAAAAACAAUGUCAGUUACAAAAGCAAAACAGUUUUUGCGCAACUCAUAUUACAAAUGCAACAGAUGAAUUCGCACGCACUAAACGAAGUUCCUCCCGUUCAGUAAGAUCAGAACCAUCUGUAAGAAACUACAAUAUACCUUUGCCAGAAUUCGACGAUAUUGAAACUGAAAAUAACCAUUUCUCUAAUCAAACAGUGUCACGUGUUGACGAUAUAAGGCCUAUUGAUUUUAAUGAAUAUACUUCUGGGAGUUUGAGGCAGAAGCUGGAUGGUACUAAAAGAAACGGAAGUAACUUAUUAAAAAACAAUAACACUUUACCUGAUAUGGUUAAUGAAGCCAUUGCUCUUGAUAAUUUCUCGCGAUCUUCAUAUAAUUUAAGCAGUUCAGAUGAGGAACGCAGUCUUAAAAAAUUAACGCCAGGUGAGGACAAAACCUCAUAUCCAAAAAUUAACGCAGACAUACCCUCAGGAAAUGAGUAUGAAACAGACAGUCUUGAAAGAACGUCAAAUAAAAAAGGGAAAACUGGUCAUAUUGAAUAUCCUGAUGUUCCAUCAUCCCAAGCUAGUCCAAGUUUAAGCAAUGCUUUGCCGUUAGAAGAAGAACUUACGAUGAGAAAUGCUGUAUAUAAAACACACUCAAGUGGGAAUAGCAAUACUUCAUCACCAGAAAGAUAUUCACGCAUAGGUGAUAGUCAUUAUGAAAUUACAGAAACAAAGAAAGUAGAGCCUACUAUUGACGUAACAUUAAAACAGAAUUCUAGUUACAGCUUGGUAAGUGAAGUUUAUGUUAACAACAAUUACAAUUUUGGCAGUGCACCGACUUCACCGAGUGGUUCGGAAUGUUCAAUAGGAAGUAGAAAAAUAUUGAAAUUGGAUAAUGCACAAGAGAGGCCCGGCUGUUUGACAAUCGAAGUAAAAGAUCCUCCAGAAAACUAUAUCAAAAUACACGAAUCAGACGGUUUUGAACCAGAUACAUUAGACCGUAAACACCUAAAGCACAAGGAGAUUACAGAAAGUAUUAAUUUCAGUCGAAGAGAUCUUUUGAAAAAUAUCGAUACCACUGAAAACCAUGAACACAUACAAAUAAGAAGCAGUGGAACAUUUUCGAAAAGUCAUGAAAAAACUGAAACUUUAAGCAAGUUCAAAAGCUUGAGAAAUGAUCAUGAACAUCAACGACAUUUUCUUAGUCGUCCUAAGCUGUCGGCUAACAGUGGUUCAAAAUCACUAGAGGAUAUAAAUGACGACAAUUGGGAUGAUAAUGCUGGUUGGACCUCUGAAGAUAGUCGAAUACUAACAUUAGAACUAAGACACUCAAAGAGGCAACGACAAAUCACACCACCUACUAUAAAACAACUAAAAAACUUAGCUCGACCUGAUAUUUUACCACCUUUACCACCAAUUGAAGAUAACGCUACGUACGAGCACCCAAGAGUUUCGCAUAGAAAAGUUAUAUGUGAGGAUACAGUAUUAGAGCUCAGUUCCUCGAAUAUAUCUCCUCGUAAUUCUGUUCGUCCAUGUUCGCGGAGCCCAGUAAUCGUAUCCUCAGCCACUCCUCUUCUAAACUCAGAAUAUAAAGAUUUUAAUCUUGCGAAUACGAGCCACAGUGAUGAAAUAGAGGACUGCCGAGCUUCUAAAAGAAUGAAAAGUUUUAGUAGUAGCGGUAUAAACACUACUACUUUCGUAAGAAGUCAGAAGGGAGAUAAUUUUCAUAGGACUAAAUUUAGGCGGAAAAGAGGUACCAAUAUCGAAGAUUCUGGUUACCUAAGCAGUGACUCGACUAGUUCCAAACAAUUUCAAAAAGAGCUGCAAGGCAAAAAUAUUGUUAUUGCAAAAAUAGCAAGUUGCACUGAAAGUGACGAUACUGAAGACGAAGCUCGAAGUGAAUCCGGUGCUGAAAGUGUAGAAACACACUCAGUGUAUUUUGGUAAUUGCCAGAAAUUACAGGCUAAUAACGAAAACAUAAAAAACACUAUUAAAGUGCUAAAAGACAGUAGAAGAAAAAUUAAAGUUAGAAGUGAAAAUGAUAGCCAGUGA